UACCGUAUUUUUUCGCUCCAUAAGACGCACCUGACCAUAAGUACGCACCUAGGUUUUAGAGGCAGAAAACUGGAAAAAAAAUAUUCUGAACCAAUGGACUGCAGACACAGUACAGGAGAUGACCAGAGACUGCGGACACAGUACAGGGGAUGACCAGAGACUGCGGACACAGUACAGGAGAUGACCAGAGACUGCGGACACAGUACAGGAGAUGACCAGAGACUGCGGACACAGUACAGGAGAUGACCAUAGACUGUGGACACAGUACAG